GCAAGCUCCUCACGCCGUCGGAGGCCAUUGCAGAGUCCAGCAUCCAAGGGGGCUCUGCGGUGCUGAAGCCAGACGUGGAGGGGACGAAGAACACCCAAGAGCCAUGGAAGAAGUCGGCAAACGCCAGACGGAAAGAAGCAAAGAAAAGAAAGUGGCAAGAGGCGGAGGAGAAGAACACCGGCACGAAACGUCGCAAGAGAACACAGAUGCACAGCCUGCGGUUCACCGGGACACCCCUCACAUCAAUGCUCACAGAAAGAAGGCUGAUCGUGGAGCUCAAGAGGGAUUGGAAGAAGUCUGCACGACGCCACAACUGGACACAAGGCAACUUCCAGGUGCCCUACUUCGCAUGGGGGACGUCCAGAUCCAGGGGAAGGGAAGACAAGGCCUACGAGAAGGAAGACGACGAGAAGAAGGAAAACAAGCAGAGCCCGCAUAAGAGACGUCGGACAACCAAGGACCCUGACAAUGACGAUGAACCCAAAGCGGAGUUCAACGGCAAACUCAUGACGGUGGACGUCUACACGAUGAAGAGAAGGUUCAACUUCCUCCAUAUGUACGCGGGCAAGAAGGAUCCUUUGGGAGAAGCCAUCAAGAGACAGGCAAAGGCCCACAGGUGCGGCGAUGAACCUCACGUACCUGUGGUGGGAAAGGAACGGUCGGCGGCCUCGGGUGAAUAUCCCGAGGACCUGUGCAACACGUAUGCCAGGUUGGUCAUCAGGCAAUUUCAGAGGAUGGCCAAAGCGGAGUUCUUCACCAAGAGACAGGAGGACCUCAGAAAGGAGGUGGAUGAGCUCAGGAAAAGAACGGAGGAGCACGCGAGAGGGAGGUCAAGGUCGGCACGAAGGGUGAAGCAGAAAGAAGAAGAGUCUGACAGGGUGAUCAAAGAGGAGGACACCAUCAAGGCGACUGCUUCAUCAAAGUCGAAGAGCAAAGCCAAGGCCAAGCAGGACGCAGAAGAGUACGAGUACACGUACGAGUACGAAUCCUCCGAAGAAGAGAGGGCGACCGAGAAGGUGACCGAGGUGGGGCCAAGGGGUCAGGAUUUCUAUCAGUUGGCACCACCCGGACGUAAGCCGGAUUUGUGGGGAGCCUCUGAAGGCGAGGAAGGUCUCGGACCCUGGCCUCGCGAUCCAAUGGCUAGCCCUGACGGGCCUGGCGGUGCACCUGUGGGCCUUGGGAUGGGGCUUAUGGGCUUGCUGCAGGCGAAGAGAGGUGUGCCCUUUCGCUCCAUCAACGAGAGUGGAGGCGGGACGAAUGUGGGCAUGGAGACAACAACACCCGCGAGCUCCCUCACCUCCCUGCUACGAAGGCCCGCGGCGGCGCCAGAGCGGUGGUCAGGGUCUGGCGGGCCUGAUUCGACGGCAAGACCCGGCACCAGACAACGUGGUCACGAAAGGCAAGAAGGGCUCGAAGGGACAGAAGGGAGCAGGCCGCUGAAACGACCAAAAUCCUUUGCCGAACUGCGCAACAAAGGCUCCACCAGCAACAACAACGCUGCUUUCGGCAGACUCAAGCGGGAAACGCUCACCGUAACCUACCCCGAAGAGGAAGAAACAGGGCACCUUCUUGCUGGCGGUGACGAAGGUGUGGGACCCAGCCCUUUCAAGGACCUAGAAUUCGAAGCAGGAGGACUCCCCGUGGCCUUUGAGGACGGGAAAGCAACGGAAUCGGCAUUUAGCUCCAUGGUCAAGAUGGCAAACAACACCGCGGCGAAGGCAAAGGAAAAGCUGGCGGCAGUUGUAGAGUUCUGGAGUCCGAAGAGGGCUAAACAUGCAGAUCCUCACAUACCCGAAGGGCUGUGGAACGACGACGAGGAGAACCACCUUGAGAGAUGCCCCGUGGGCGUGUCCGACAAAGGACGAGGGAAAGAUCGCAAGACCAAGAAACAAAAGGCCGCCAACAUACUGGCCAUUGCCCGGAGGGCGUCGAUGUCGAAAUCCACGACCAUGGCCCUUGAAAAGGACUUUGCAUCGGUCACGUCCGUGAAGAGCAAGAAGGCCAUCAGGAACACCGUCAACAGUGUCUUCAAGGAGGCGAGAGGGUCAUCCGGACUGCCACCAACACCAGACAAAAUCAAGCUGCUGGGGGGAAUUUUGAAAGCGGCAGGUUACCGGGCCGCGGGAAACUACCUGGGGGAAUACAAGCUGAUGGCCAUCGAAGGGGGCUACAACUGGUCAGAUCAGUUGGAGAGAACCCUGAAACUUGCAAAGAGAUCGUCAGCAAGAGCCGUCGGACCCAAGAAGAAAGCAGCUGAGGUGGAGACAUGUGAGACGGGCGAGAACUUCGCGGUGAAGGCCUCCGCAAAAGUCCCAAAGCGGGUUCCUUUGGCGGCGGAACUCUUUGAGUUCGGAGUCAUCUGGAUGCUCAGGGAAGUUGAACUAGCCGCCAUCAGGAAGGACCACAUCUUCCUCGACUUCCAAAACAAGAAGGUCACGUUCACCCUCCCGGUUUCUAAGGGAGACCAAGAAGCGUUGCAGGUCAAGAGAGUGCUCCAAUGCCUUUGUGAAAGGAACAUCUGUUACAUGAGCUGCCCCUUCUACACGUCGGUGAGGCUGCUGGAUCGCAUGAGAGCGCUGGGAUUGAGCCGGGCUUGCAUGAACAAGAAGGCAAAGCUCGCGUCCAAAGCGCAACUGGUCGAUGACUGGAGGCUCUUGUACGGCACGAUGGUUUCUGGUCAUUCGGCGAGAAGAACCGGAGCCCUGAGAUACAUCAGGCAGGGUUGGGCGAUCGCGCAAGUGGCAUACUUGGGCAGGUGGAAGUCCUCCGUCAUCUACGAGUAUGCGGCGGAAGCCCUGGAAUCGCUCCCAGUGAACGUUGGAGAUACGUUCGGAGCCAAAAGAGAACUCCCCGACACGGGACCCCAGGCCAAUAGCUUCGUGGGGGUGUCAAGGGAGGAAGUCGAAGGGAUCAAGAACUAUCUGCUUGCAGAGCUGGAGGCGGCGAAGGUGGACCAGGGUCAAGCGUUACAAAACCUGGACAGGGAAGUAGAGGAACUUCGUGCCAGGGACAUCAGACUGGGGAACAAACUGCCCCCAGCAGUGCAAUCCUUGCCGAGCAAGGUCGUCCACUACAACAUGGACAUCGCAAGCUGCAGCCCACCAAGAGCAUGGAGGACGGUGUGCGGGUGGCACUAUCAUCGUUCCGAUUUUGUCUUCGUCACGAAGGUGGAUGGGCUGCACUUAUGCAAGAAGUGUUGGGACCUCGCGCGGGGCAAUGGAGUGAGAGAUGGCGAGGGUCCCAGCAAAGCCAGCCAUGAAAGAAAGGUGUCAAACUGA